AAACGCACCGCCGAUUCCAAACACAGUCGAAAACUCUUGCUCCGCCCAUCUUCUUUCCUUCUCGGUCCCAAAGAAACGAAGACGAGGCAGGUCUCAUCGCGUGGCGACGUCAUUUCAGCUGCCUUCGAUUCUGAACGGCGCUUCGGUAUUUAUGAACCACAAGGAAUUACUGUUCCAGAGCCCAUCCAAACAAUCUGUACCAGAUGGGGAAGCGAUCCCUUCAGCCUAGGCGCUUACUCUAAUGUUGCGGUAGGGGCAUCAGGAGAUGAUUAUGAUAUUUUAGCAGAAAGUGUGGGAGAUGGACGACUUUUCUUUGCAGGUGAGGCUACCAAUCGGAGAUAUCCUGCAACCAUGCAUGACGCUUUUGUUAGUGGGCUUAGAGAAGCUGCUAAUAUGGCUCACUAUGCUAAUGCUGGAGCCCUGAGGAUAAAAAUUAACAGGAACCCAUCAAAGAACGCCCAUUCUUGUGCUUCCCUUCUUGCAGACUUAUUUAGGGAGCCUGAUUUAGAAUUUGGGAGUUUUUAUGUUAUUGCCUUGAUAAAAGCUGAGAGGGGUAAUCGCAAACCAGCUUCAACUUCAUUGACUUUAAAGUCUGGGACAUCAAAGCUGAAAGCUGACAAUUUGAAACAAAAAUUGGUCAGAAGGGCCAAAAUAAUGCGCAAUGGUAAUGGGAAACUUGGUUAAUGGUAAACUGUCAACGAAACUACCACAAGUCAAGUUCCCUCCAACGCACUUGGUCCAGGGCAAAAUCAUUCCGACGUGUUGAAGAAUGAGUAGAUGACCUUUUUCUGUUAGGGGUGAGAUGUCAACUUUUUGUUUGGUCGAGCCUUGGGUGGGAUGUCAACUUUUCUUUAACUUGAAAAAGUGGUUCUACUCGGCGAGCCUUGUUACACCCUUCGGCCCAAGGGAGUUGGCCCUUCUGCUACCAAGCCUUGCAAGAUCUAUUUUCUGCUCAGCAUGUUCUUUGCUGAAUAACCACCGCCACCAUCCUCAAUUGCAGAAGAAAUUUGUGCCGCUUGCUCUCCUCCACUCGGGUCAAUGAGCAAUUUGGUAUCCAAUUGAAUUGAGCAAGAGCAACUCUGCGCCAUCUUCCAAUAAGCCCGACACCAGUGAUUGUUGACUGGUGGAAUGAGACUUGAGUUGUGAUCUUUCCAGGUCCACAACUUGUUAAAUUAACGUGUGAAGGAAGCAAUCUUCGCAGAUUUACGGUGUUGUUUUUUUACCGAACUACGAAAUAAUAUAAACAGAUUUCGGAUCAUGAUUAUGAUUUUCCUUGUGCUACAA